AGAUUUACUUAUUCAUAUGCACCCUUCUUGAUUAGCGUUGGUAUGUCAUACCAAAUAAUGAAAUUGGUGUUGAUUGGAAAAUUGCAUGGGGACCAUAAAGCUACUAAAAGGUUAAAGCCCAUGAAUUAUUUUCACUAAAUGAACCAUCAAUUACACCACCUGUCGCAUGUUGUGUACGUGAAAAAGAGGCGUGAAAUAAUUAGUGGGCUUUUCAUAUGAAAUUCACCUUGAGAAUGUGUUUAACAUAACACGUGUGCACCCUGGAGAAAGCUACCCUCGUCGUCUCAUCUUUCGUCGGUCUCGGUGGUGGUGGUGGAGUUUGUGGUGUCGCGACGUUUCCGGGCAACGAAGAGGAAUCUUCUUGAGUAGUUGGGUGACUUCUCUGACUUUCGCAGAACGGCCUCCUUUUCGCACCCUAGUUAUUUAAGUAGUUAAGUGGUUAGACUUGUCAUCUCUUGAUCCACACCCACCCACAAAAAUUCGGAUGGGGUUCGUGGACCGCUUAGUCAGUCUCCUCACCCUGCGACGCAAGGAAGUCAACGUGCUCGUGGUGGGGUUGGACAAUUCGGGGAAGUCCACACUUCUCAACCAUUUUAAAGGGGAUGAAGCCCGUCCUACGCAUACCGUCCCCACUAUCGGAUUCUCUGUGGAAAAAUUUCAGAAUAAAAAUGUUGGCUUCACUGCAUUCGACAUGUCCGGUCAAGGGAGAUAUCGUCCCUUGUGGGAGCACUACUACAGAGACUGUCAAGGCAUCAUUUUCGUCAUCGACUCUUCCGACAAGUUGCGAUUCGUUGUUGCAAAGGACGAGUUAGAGACGCUCCUCCAACACCCUGACAUUGCGGGGAGGCGUGUUCCCAUUUUAUUCUUUGCCAACAAGAUGGACAUGAAGGAGGCCAUGUCCGCUGUCAAAAUUUCCGCCGCCCUUGCCCUUGACCGGAUUGGAAACAAACCGUGGCACAUUUGUGCGUCGAAUGCUCUCACAGGGGAAGGACUCGGGGAGGGAAUUGAGUGGCUCACGUCGCAAAUUUGGGACAACAUGGAUAAGAAGCGAUGAUUAUAAUUUAUAACGUUUAAUAACAUUUAACUUUGGAACCGCAUUUAAACUUGUUUAAUAAAUUUAUUUUAUUUUUUACAUCUA